ACCGCGGGAAACAAACGCGGUCUGUCCUCCGACAGGUCCUGGGACGGGGCAAAGGACGGGGGUCUGCACCCCAGAACCCGGAGUGAGGCAGCCCAGACAGCCCCCCAGGCAAAGGGGAACUCCUGCUGCGCCCCCAUCCCAGAAGGGCUGUGCACCCCGUCUGCAAGGGCAACACCCCAGGGCCACUGCUGCCCAGGGUCAUGACGUCUGGGGGUCACGGUCCCCCGGGGUCAUGGCCACCCAGGGCCUCUCCCUUCCCUGGACAAAGGGCAAGAGUCAGGCCCCCCUCUGUGCCGGACGGAGAGCUCCUGGGCGGGAGCCCCCCAACCCUUUUACCACGUGGGUUGGUUCUCUGGUCCCUUGAGCUCGUGGAAUCUCUUCUAUUUAUUCUAGACACGCUGAGCAUGCUGGGCUGGCGAUGGACAGACCUGGGGUGCCGGGAACUCCAGGGAGUCAGGUGCACGCCCAGCACAGAGCGGGCUCAGAGCCCACGUGCAGGAACGUCACCCCAAGCACCGACCCCAGAGUCAGCCGAGGCCUGGGGGCCAAGUCCAGGUGAGUGAUGGAGGAGAGCCCCCCUGCCCCCCGCAGAGAGCACAGCUGGUCUGCCCCUGACUUGGGUGGCCGUGGCCCAGGCUGCCCGCCCAGCCUCUGGGGACCCCCUUGCCCUCAUCCGAGAGCUGGUGGCCUGAGGCCCGUCGGGCUCCCCGGGGCUCUCGCUCCCCAGAGGCCUGCAGCCCCAGCUCCGAGACACAGGGGAAGAUGGCGGCAGAGUCCGAGGCCCCGCACCCCUCCCUGAUGCCCAGGCCCGCGAGCCGCGCUGGACACCCAGGGGGACACCGGGUGGCUCUGCCCGAGGGUGACCGCAGUUCCUGUGGCCCGGGAGGCUGCAGAGACACUGGGCCACACGGUUUUCCUGGGUGCAGCGGCACCCCCUGGCAGCACAAACCCACAUCAACCCCCAAAUCUCCCAACAGCCGCACAUCCCCUUAAAGAGGCUGCGGGACUCGGGGUGACCUAUGGAAGGCCCUGGGUGCAGAAGCAGCCACCUGCAAGGCCUGCAGGGGCCCCCACUGCCCUGACCACGUGAGGCCACAUGCACUGACAGCUGCAUGAAGUGCACACGCAACCACGUGGCCACACCGGCACCCCGCUUCUGCGCUCGGCCUCAACGCCUGCAGCCGGCUCCUGGGCUGUCCCCAGGCAGGGCACCCCUCGCUCGCACCUGUGCAGAUUUACUAGCAAGAAUGUCUUGCACCCACGGCCUCCUCAGCCCCCCAGAAACCCCAUCCUUGCUUGGAGACAAGCCCACGCCUGCAUGGAGAUGUGUGACCCCCAUUUGCACAUCACACACUGUGGGACCUGCCCUCGGGCCAUGGGGUGACAUGGGGUCCUCACCCCAGGUUGCAGCUGGAGCCAGAGCCACAGGUGAUGCAAGAAUGUUCUGUGCAGAAAAUGGAGCUGCUCCCCAGGAUGACAAGCUUUGCAGACACCCCGUCAGCCGCUCCUGCAGAGGCCCUGUGUUUCCACAGAUGCAAGGAGGACAAGCAGGAACCUUGGCGGGGAGCCUGCGGGGUCGGAGCUGCAGUCAGCUCAGCAGAGCCCCUUUCCCUCAACAAGCACCCACUCCCUGGGGCCCCCGCCUUGGCCACUGACGACGGAGCCUGUGGCUGGGCAGGGCCCGGUCCUCUGCAAGGCGGACGCAGCAUCAAAGGGUUCCAGCCUGCCCCCCAGGACCUGCACCCCUUCUCUCUCCCCCUGGGCCCUGGGACCCCCUUCUCUCUCCCCCCAGGACCUGCACCCCUCCUCUCUCCCCCGGGACCUGCACCCCUCCUCUCUCCCCCAGGACCUGCACCCCUCUCCCCCUGGGACCUGCACCCCUCCUCUCUCCCCCCAGGCCCUGGGACCCCUUCUCUCUGCUCCUGCCCCCCGACCCAGGGCUGCCUCAUGCUCCAGUCCCUGGCUCUCUGGUUUUGUCCCACGGACCCUCCCUUCCUGGGUGGUCCCGAGGUGACGGCUGCCCCCAGCUUCAGGGUCACCUCCAGGAAGGCCCGAGGGUGUGGUGGGGUGUCAGCGAGAUCCCCAGAGCGGGAAGCACCUGUGCGUCCCCCCAGCCACUGCGGCCCAUGGCUCGGCUUCAUCGGCCUGGACACGUGCGCGUCGGGGGGACACGCUGGCUGGGCGUGGCGGGGCCUCUGCUGGGCUGGGACCUUGUGCCAACGAAGCAGCGACUCCUGUGGGCUGCACCCCGGGCCUGUGGGGGAGGCUGGGGGACGGCCCCACGCGAGCCACCUGGCCAGAGGGGCUGGGACCUGGACGUGCUCACUGCGCCCCAUCCGCAGGCCAGUGUGGUGUCAGGGCAGUCAGGGCUCCCAACGGCGGGCGAGCGGCAGUGGUGAUGCGGGGGCUCAACUUGACCCACCCCCUCGGCGGCAGGAGGAGCUGCUCCCCCGCGCAGCCACCUGCACGGGCGGCGACGCAUCCCCGUUCCAGGCAUGGCCGCGGCACAUGACGGCAAGAGGACACUGCUCUCCAGAGACGCCAGGGAAGGCAGGGAUUCGGGGAGGGGACGCGGCCACUGACCACACGAGCCACACACGCACGCACACACAGACCACACGCACGCACACACAGACCACACGUGCACACACGGCCGGCCACACACACGCGCACACCCACCAGGCUGCUUCUCUGGAGGGGACGGAGGCUCACGUCACUGCGCCACCCCGUGUGCCCCCACUCGACUGGGGCACUGUGCACCCGGACAGCCCCGGACGGAGACCCCGCGGGAGCUGCCGGCCGCGACAUACUUGAUUUUGCUGAAGACGAUGUCCACGUCGGUGACCGUCACGUUCUUCCCGUCGAUCACCCGGCAGUCCCGGCACAGCUUGGACCAGUUCUUCCCGUGCAUCUCCCGCCCGCUGGCCCGCGAGUCACCAUGCACGGCGAACCUCCGGAAGGCCUCCUCCAGGGCGCUGAGCUCUGGGCCCGCUGCGGCUGCCCCCUCAGGGGCACCUUCCGGCUCCAGCGACAGCCUCUUGGCUGCCUUGUCCCUUGUGGGGUCCCCAGGAGACUUGGGGGGCGUCCGGUCGGCAGCUUUGGCAGGUCUGGACCUGCUGUCGGCCAUCCUGCUGGGAGGAAAGAGAAGGGGUCACAGCCCCCUGGGCCACCUGAAGCCACGUCCCCUCUGGCCCCUCAUGGGACGGGCAAGCAUGUCCAGCAGGCGCCCAGGACGCAGCUCAGAGUCCAGGACGGACAGACAACCCCCAGGUCAGCACGGGGCAGAGCCAGGCCCGUGGGCCAGCAGGACGGGGCCGUUCUCCUGCAGGGCCCGAGAAGAGGGCUGGGAGGGCUGGGGGAGGUGCUGCCCCUCCAGACACCAGCACCUCAGGGACCCCCGGCCCCCACUGGACUGUGGGGUCCAGAACCCCGUCCUAUGCCCAGUCAAAGGCCUUGGCCAGCGCAGAGGCGAGCGGUGGGUACGUGGCCCUGAGCGCGGGGGGAGCCCCUGGCCCCCUCUGCCCUGUCGCCCCUCAUGGCAAGUGGGUUCCGCUGCCUUCCUCCCUGGGCCAUGCUGGGCCGCACUUUGGGGGAGCCAUCCUCAGGAGGGGUGCAGGGCCACGUGCUCUCCUGCCGGGCGUCCAGGGGGCUGGGUGGGAGGCUGACUGGCAAUGCCACCUUGAGCCCGUUGAGGGUGCUCUGAUCUCUGGGGCAGGAGGGCAGGGGCCACUGCGGGGUCCGGGCUGCUCCCUGCAGAUUUUGGGGUGCAGGAGCGAGAGGUGCCCACACCCUCAUCCUCUGGCUGAGUGAGCACCUGUCACGCACCGUGGACCGAUGGAGACCCCACCUGUGGCUGUGUGGGGGUCAUGGGGAGACCUCCCAGCACACACCAGCCCCAAACCUGAGGAGCAGCGGCUGGGGUUUGGGGGUGGCGGGGAGCUCCAGAGCUGGCUCAGAGACCGUCCAGGGUGGGGGCCAGUGCUGGGACCCUCUCACGCUCCAGCUGAUACCCCCGAAGCCCAACUCCGUCUUCAUAGAAGGGCCCAGAGGCCGCCUGGGCUGGGGGAGCCACCCUGGAUGGGCACAGGGUCAGGCGUGGCCCCGGGACAGCCAGAAACCCCCAGGAAGCUGCACCCUGCACCCCCAGCCUGCUGGGGCCUUGGGGGUUUUGCUCCCUGACCCCCAGGGCCUGCCCUGAACCCACAGCCCACUGGGGCCGGACGCUCCGCAGAGAGGGGCCCGGGCUCGGGUGUCACCGUGGCCUCCCUGCAGCUCCGUCACUGACCCCAUUUCCCUGAAACGGGAGCUCCGUGCUGGGGCCUCGAGGCGGGAGCGAUGGAACCAGAGCCAAGCGGGUGACAACAGGCCGGACCGCCCUUGGGGACGCGCCCCCCUCGGCGGGGAGGCAGGGAUGCCUCGGGAGCCCUGUGCCUGGCCCCACACGCUCUGCUCCAAGGAAGUGUCGUGAGGAGGAGAAAGAGCCAGAAGAAACACCCAGAGGGCAGCAGGGGCUCCGGGUGCCGGUCUCUGGAGUUCGGGUUUCCUAUAGGGGCUGCUUUCCGGUUAGGAAAGAGGAAACUGUUUAACAGAGCAGUGCACCCCGACACCCGGCACCAGCCCGGAGCCACCUGCCCCGGGCCGGCAUCCAGAGCUGGUGGGGUCCGUGCCUGCUGGGUGGGCUCCCGGGGCCCCGGACCCCCCACUGCUCAGGGCCCAGGCCGGUGCCCCCCGAGCCACACAGAGCUGCAGGAAGACACACCAGGGCACAGUCGAGGCCCCCAAAUCCACGGGUAAAAUCGAUGCCUGGAAGGCGCACUGGGUGUUGGGGGACGUGUGACGGACAGAGGUGGCUCCUGGCUGCAGAGGGGUCACCUGAGCCUCGGCCACCCGGACCCCCAUGUGGUGAGGGAGGCAGGACCAGCCCAAGAGAGCUGCUCCGUGUCAGCUGUGCGCCCUGCGUCCCCGGGUGCGCGCCUGUGGGCCUGGUGGGUGCCCUGCGUGGCCGGUGAGGAGAGCCCACUCUCCCUGACCGAGACCCCCUUGCCCGGACCGUGUGCAGGUGCUGGCUGCUCCCUGGCUCCCCUCGCCCCAGGGAUUUCCAGCGACCCCGAGAAAGGCCGAGGAGAUGAGCUCCAGGUCACUUCACAAUGAAGGCCCACCCGGGAGCUCUCCAGGGAGAAGGGAAGCAGAGCCCACCCCUGCCACGGACCUGCAGCGCUCGCUGCCAACGGGGCGCCGGGGCCCCUCCGGGCAUGUUGGUCAUCACGAGGGCGGGCGCAGGGGGUGGAGUCUGCGUGCCAGAGCCAGGGCUCAGCUCCCACGGGACCCCUCCUGCUGGUCUGCGCCCCUCGGCCUCCAGUGGGAGGGGACGGCCCUUCAUGGUUGCACCUGCCCGUGGCAACCCGGCCGGGGCUCUGCCUCCCCAGCCCCAGGCCCAGCAGCCCCCCGGCGCCCUGACGGUAGGGUCUGCAGACGGCGCGGACCCCGCUCCAAGUGCACAACUGCCCUGGCUGCACAAGGCCCAGGGGCUGCAGGGAAGGAGCAGAGAGGGGAGGCCAGGCAGGGGGCAGGA